AUGACACAAUGCUUCGCAAAAGAGGAUGCAUUUGGGCCAACUACAGAGGAGCCAAUCUCUGACCCCUUGAUACCAGGAUUUCACAAAUCACUCUAUGUUUCCCAGAGGCUUGUGGGAUUUGGGGUGAUGAAAUACAUGUUGCCAAAGCCGACAUCCGCAUGGUUCCAGCAUAACUGGUGUAAUGAAGAUUCUCCGUUCAUCGGAUUUUGCAAUUCACACCUAGUGUCAGUCAUUACUGUCUCAGAAGAUGGCACCACCUCCCACACACUAUACAGGGCAUCUGGAGACAAGCUUUAGGAGGGAAAACACAUAAGGUUGGAGAACCAGUUGUGAAUCCAGAACCAGUCUCAAAAGAAUUAUUCUUAACUUAACUUUGUCAGAAUACAUUGAGGUUAUUUUAUUCUUUUUGCGAGUGUUGUAUGUGCUCAACAGAAAGGGAGAAAAACAAUCUUCAGUGUUCUUCUGUACUGCAUGCAUGCUAUCUGCAACUAUUCUCAUCAGAAAGCUUUGUCAGAGAAACUAGAGAUGGCAGGUUUUUGGUGUUUUCCUAAGAACAGUGAAUUAUGAUAUUGGAAGAAACUUUCCAUGCCAUUGCGAGCAAAGUCAGAUUGGAACAUCUUAUAACUGGGAGAAAUCACUAAAAGAUAUCCAGAAGUCCAAUUCACAUCGCAUAACAUGCCGUUGCUUUGGAAGUGACAAACACUACACCAAUAUGCCAAACAAAGAACCUAACACAAAUCAUUAAUAUUCAUUUGAAGCCUCUUUUUAAAAUUGGUCAAAACUGUACAUGCAAGACCAACUUCUUGGUCCUGGCACCUGGCAGUCGAGUAAUAAACCAUUUCCCAUGCGUCAAUAAUGUUGGCCGCUAAUAUCUCUCCUCACAAAACCAACUUCCUCUGACACGACUCCACCCAAAAGACACCAAUUAAAUUGGAACAAAAUAACCCACCAGUU